AUGAUAUGGUGGAGAUAUCUUUGCCUUGACACAACAAACCUCGUAUUCAAAGAAUCCGAGUUCGUGAACCUAUCUGCCUUCGAUAAAGAAACCAAAAGGAAUGAGAGGAAAUUGUUUGUUGAUAUUAUGUGUCGAUGGAUCUCGGUAUUUACCGGUGAAUUCAUCGAUAGUUUCGAACUUUAUCUCUCUGAUCUGGAGGGUUUCGAGAAAGAGAUCAUAUCUCUAAUCGAAUUUGCGACUUCCAAACGUGUGAAAAAUUUAGUGCUUGAUUUCUCAGACACUAUAUCGAAGAAAGAUAGUGCAAUAGAUCAUUUGCACAAACUGAUUUAUUAUCAAACCCAUGGAUUAGAUAUUUCUCGUCUCGUUUUCAACCUUUUGUAUGUUGAGAACUUAACAAUAUGCUCUUUUCUACUUCAGAUGAUCCAAGAUUGUGACAAUCCUAAGGAGUUGCACGAACCGAUGAAAACAAAACAUUUGGUGAUGAAGACAAACAUGCACACAAAUGAGUUCGGAGGAAUCAGUAUAUUUUUAAAUUGUUGUCCAGAAUUGGAGUCUCUCACAUUCGAUAUGCUAACUACUGAGCUUAUCGUGAGACCUUCCUUGCCAUUCGAUUCGGAAACGUAUUGGCUUACUAACAAAACGUACGACUGUUUGGAAAAAACGCUUAAGGUUGUGGAAGUAAAGAACUUUCGUGGUCGCCCGAACGAGUUACAUGUGCUUCAAUACUUGAUUCGAACUGGGCUUGUGAUGGAACGGCUUGACCUUUAUGAGGCAAAAGGAUUGAACGAUAAUGAAAGGAGGUUGGUACUUGCUGGAGCCGAGGAGGUUCAACGGAAGUUCAAGAGAGGUUCGAGCCAUUUACGGAUUACUCUACACAAUGCUUGA